UCGCAUCCUCGAAACACGCAGCUGGGACGCCGCCAGCCGUGUGCCCUGCCCGCAUUGGCUGACCCGUUGCCCUGGGAGGAGCCCGACGCAACAUUGACGGCUGCACGCUGAGAGAAACGUGCGCCUGCAGCACCGGCCGUAGCUCGCGACCGUGUCCGUCCCAGCCGUGGUCCCUGUGUAUCGUAGAGGGGUUAUUAUGACCACCCCAGACGCCGAAGAUGCAUCUCCCUCGCCGGAAUACAGCGGUGAUCCAGACGGGAGCGACAUGGCCGCCGAACAGACAACUGAGCCGCACUCCGGCGCCGCUUCGCCAGACCAGAAGACCGCCAACGGCCAAAAGCCCGCAUCGAAUGCAAAGGACCCGACGAGACCGCGCAGGAAGAAGGCGCGGAGAGCGUGCUUUGCUUGCCAGCGAGCACAUCUGACAUGCGGCGACGAGCGGCCUUGCCAUCGAUGCAUCAAGCGUGGUCUUCAGGAUCAUUGCAUGGAUGGCGUGCGCAAGAAGGCCAAAUACCUCCACGAUGCGCCGGACGGAGCGCUGAUGCCUGGUGUGGGUGGACACUAUCCUCAUAUGAACGGCAACCGUCCAGUGCCCAUCCCUAGUCAGGACCCACAAGCCGUCUCUGGCGGGCAGGGAGGCUACUAUACGCAGGCUCCUUCGACAACAUACUAUGCAACGAACUCCAUACCGGGCCAUGCGCCGGUCAGCCAGGAACCGGCAUUCAGCAACCCACAGGCUCCAAUAUCGCCUCCUUACAGUCAAACGAACCACAACGCCGUUGCAACUAACCCGAACACGGUUUCCCAAGCGUCCUCGUCCCAAAUGCACCAGUUUGGCGGGCCGCUCUUCGACCCCAGCGACCCAGCCUUGUUCAACUUUGACAUCUCGAGCCUUAACUUUGGCAACCAUUAUGGCGCUUUGGAACUCGGUAUGCUUGGUCACAUGUCGGCAGGCGCUGGCGACGCUCACGCGAACGAUACCACCAUGAAUCCUCUCAAUCAGGCAGCUCAUCUGUACAACCCGCAAAUGUCCUCUGCGACGUACGAAAAUCACGGUCUGCCAACUAACAUGCCAUUUGGUCCCGAUGGUUUACCCACCGCCGAGUGGCAGAAUGCGCACUCUCGCCAUGGCAGCAUUCAGAUACAGACCCCGAACAAUACUCCGGUCACAACUACUAUAGACCACGCGAACAACCGGCAUGACAGUCUCAACGGCCCGCACGCUUACGCUAUUGGCCAGGGUCCAUCCAGCCUCUCGAGCGCCAGUCCCGCAUCGACAGACGUGAACUCUGGCUAUGAGAACGAUAAUCCUCUGUCCGCCGCGGCUUUCUUCGCCAAUCCUAGUCAGCCGCACCCGCAGCACUCGCCCACGGUGAAUCGCACGCAGCAGGAAAACCGUCUGCCGGGCGGUCCGCUGAGACCGUUGCAGCCUAAUGCAAUCAGGAAACGGCGUCGGGACUACAAAGCCAUCUACGAAGGCAUCAGAGAGCCUCACAAUUAUACCCGCGCGUUCCAUGAGCUCUUCAACUUGAUAAAGCGCAGAUAUUCAGGAGCUUCGCGGAAGCGAGCUAUUACGGCCUUGGGUGUCUUCCGACCUAUAUUGUUGUCAAUGGCGGAAGAACUUACGCGCGACGAUCUCGUAUACACGGAAAAGAAUCUGCAGCGGUCCCUCAUCACUCUCCAAGAAAACUACGCUGAGGUUGGCGUUCCAUAUCUGAUUUGUCGCCGCUCAGGGGAGAUUGUAGGCAUGAACAAGGAAUUCGAGAUACUCACCGGCUGGAGGCGCGACAUCCUCUUGGGGCAAGUACCGAACCUCAACGCGAACAUGGGGCCAAGUGAUGGCGAUCGGGCGAACGACAGUUCGCUAUCCACUCAAACAAAUACCACGCCGCUCAUGGCCGGCCAGGAACCGGACAACACAUUGCAUCCGGUCAACGUCAUCGAACUCAUGGACGAGCCGUCAUCCCUUCAAUACCUCGAGGAUUUUGCCGACCUCGCGUACGGCGACGCCCUGGGGAAAGGCCAUCGCCGCGCCAAUCUACUUCGGUACCUUACGAAAGAAGAUAUGGGCCGCAUGGGAGAGACGGCACAGAACGGCAAGCCUCUAAAGCAUGAGCUCCCUGUUAAGCUUGAGGAUGGUUCGAUACAUCAGGGCGAAGCGGCAAUGAGGAACCUCAGCGCCAACGGCCUCAUUGACUGCAUGAUCAUGUGGCAUAUCAAGCGCGACAACUUCGAUAUGCCGUUGUUGGUCACCAUACAUAUCAUGCCCAUGCUCAAGCCUUGAUGCAUAUCGACUAUUUACCUCGGCUGUAUCUCCUUUCCCUAUGAUCUCUUCUACCUCCGCGAUAUUCCCUUCGGCAUCUUGGGCAGCAUAACUUCGGACACACGAGGCACUGAAUAACGACGACACGCGCUGGCGGCUACAAAAAGUCUUUUUCCUGUCUACUUUGCAUAUGGGCUUAAUUCUCCUUUUCGCAUCCCCCCUGUUUUUCUUCCCUUCUGCUCAUGCUUUCGCGCUCUCAGUUGUACUUGUACGCUGUGUGUUGGCUGACGAGC